AGUUGGCCUCGGCAUAAAAUCGACUUGCCUGAUCGCAUAAAUAACUCGCUGCGAGUAGAAAUAUGCUCACCUACGCCACAAGGUCAGCCCUGCUCCUGAGGCCGCUCAUUCAGAGCACCAGAGCAACGGCUCGAGCUCUCUCAGCCACCCCUUACCUGGACCGCACGCAGCAGGGCCCGGUGUGGCCCACAUUAACACAAAAACCGGACGAGAAAACCCUGGAGAAGGACGGCAAGGGCGUCUGCGCCUGGCUCGGCUCCGCGAGCUCGAAACCGGCGGACCUUGACGCACAGCUCGCCGCGCGCGUCUACGACCUCUACCUGCCCGUCUACUACUGGUGCAAAGACGUCGUGGAGAAGAACCCCACCAAACCGACGGUCAUCUUCAUGAGCGCGCCGCAAGGCUGCGGGAAGACGACGAUCUGCGACGCUUUGGUCGAGCGCUUCGCGGCCGACGGCAAGCAGUGCGCCGCUCUGUCGUACGACGACUUCUACCUGACGCACGCGGAACAGAACGAGGUCGCGAAGACCCACGAGCACAACCGGCUCCUGGAGUUAAGGGGCAACGGCGGCACGCACGACCUCCAGCUCUUCGACGACGUGCUGACCUGUGUGGAAAUCAAAUUUCUCGCGGCGCGUCUCCACGCCAUCGACGCGACGCCUGCUCGAUAGCGUGGCGAUGUCGGUUCUUCACCGCUCGACGGAGCUAGCACGGCCGCGCCAUCACCGAGAAAUGACUUAGUGAAGAAUUGUCGGGUGCACCCGACGCACUGGUUGAUUCGUGCUGAAUCGUCGCGUCGACCUCCACGCCAUCGACGCGACGCCUGCUCGAUGGCGUGGCGGUUUGGGUCUCUCACCGCUCGACCGAGCCAGCACGGCAGCCUCAUCGCCGAGAAACGACUUCGUGAAGAAUUGUCGGGUGCACCCGAUACACUGGUUGAUUUCCACACAGGUCCUGACCGCCCUGAAACGCGACGGCAAGGCGAAGGCGCCGCGCUACGACAAGACGGCCUUCGGCGGCUUCGGCGACCGCGCCGGGCUCGUGGACGUCGAGGGCGCGGACGUCGUGCUGGUUGAGGGUUGGAUGGCGGGGUUCAAGCCCGUAGCGUCCCGCGUCGACGCGUCGACGGCGCCGAGGGGGUCACGGUCGCAUCGACGGAGCCGAGGGGGUCACGGUCGCAUCGACGCAGGUCGGCGCCGCCGCCGCGACGGCAGUCGACGUGGACCUUGGCGCCGUCGACGCGUGCCUGGGCGCCUACGCGCGGUGGGACGCGCACGCCGACGCGUGGCUCGUCGUCGCGAUCGAUUCGCCGGCGGACACGGUCUACGGCUGGCGCCGCGAGGCCGAGCGCCGCGCGGGCGGCGGCCUGAGCGACGAGCAGGUCCGGGACUUCGUCGGGCGCUUCCUGCCUUCUUAUGAAGCGUAUUGCCCGGCAUUAUACGCGGCGGCGGCGGGCAGUGGCGUCGACGCGAAGCCCACGCUGCGGCUCGACGUCGACACGACGCGGUCCCCCGUCGGCGCGGUGCGCGGCGGCUAGCCUAGUGUUGUGCUUAACUCUAUUGUCCAU